AUGGCUCAUCAAAGGAAUGAAAUGAAGAUAGGAAAUUACUCCUUCGAUGCUUAGAAGGAUCUUAUAGUAGAAGGUAAGAGAGGACCAAUACUAAGAUGUAAGGAUAACUCUGGCUAAGUUUAUUGUCUGAAAGUAAUUAGAAAAUUAGGGGAUAAUUAUAGAAAUGAAAUCGAGGCUUAUAAAAGACUCAAAUAAGAAAAAGAAAAGCAUUUCAAUACUUUAAGGGUUUACGAAUUGUAAGAGGAUAAUGACAAUUUUUAUAUUUUCACAGAACUUUGUGAAGCUACCUUUGAUCAAUACUUGAGUCAAAGAUGGAAAAACAUGAUGUUGAAUUUCGAUGAAAUUCAAGAUUUUCUAGGUCAAAUAGUGAAAGGUUAUUAAUACUUGAGAAAGCUGAAAAUUAAUGUGAGAGAUUUGACGCCUAAAACUAUACUUGUCUAGAAAUUAAUAAAUGAUAGAAUGAUAUUAAAAGUAAACUUUCAUUUGAUUUAGAUAUCUGAUUAUUGUAUAUACGAUAACGGAAGAAUAGAUCCUCAGGCUCGAACUCCAAUUUUCUAGUCCCCAGAAUUGUUCAAUUUUAAUUCUAUGAAAAUAAAAUUAUCCGAUCUUUGUGACAUUUAUGCUCUUGGAGUGAUUCUCUAUAUGAUGUGCUUCAAAGGAGAUAAUAUAACAAAUGUUGAAGACUUCUCUAAUUUAGAAAAAUUUCACGAGGACCUAAAAGCCAAAAAUGCUUUCUAAUGUCCAAAAAAUGCUUAUUGUUAAAAGGAAUUACUCUCAUUAAUAUCAUAAAUGAUUGUCUACAAUCCAGAGGACAGAAUAAAAUGGGAAAUUUUGGAGUAAAGGUAUCCUCCACAUUUUUUUAUCUUAUCAGAUUUAUAUUUUGUAAACAUUAAAUAGGUUCUUGGAUCUGGAGCUUAAGGAUCUACAUACAUUGCAUAAGAUUUAAGAACUAAUGAAUAAUUAGUUUGCAAAAUAAUUCCAAAUGGGAAAGAAGGCACCUUGAGAGAAAAAUAAAUUGUUGAUUAAAUCAAAAAAGUGAAAGCUAAUGAAAAUGUGAUAAAAAUUGCUUAUACACAAACGCGCCAUCAAGAUACUUGCAUAAUUAUGGAGAAAUGUGACGAGAGUCUGCAAAAUUAUCUAAAAGGAAAAAGUGAUUCUUAAAGAUAAUUAGAAAAUAAGGAAAUUAUAGAGAUUCUAUAUUAAAUUGUUUAAGGUUAUUGCUUCCUGAAAUAAAUUGGAGUAAUUCAUAGAGAUCUAAAACCAGAUAAUAUUCUAAUAAAAAAGAUUUAAGGGAGAAAUGUUAUUAAAAUUAUCGACUUCGGAGUAGGCAAGAUUAUUGGUAAAGAAGUUACUUUUACUGAGGCAGGCACACCAUUAUUUGCAGCUCCUGAAGUGUUAAAACAAGGUAAAGCUUAUGACUAUUAAUGCGAUAUUUUUUCAUUAGGAGUGAUAUUGCAUUAUUUGGCAUUUCUAAGAAUGUUUAAGGAUAUAAAUAAUAGAAGAGAACUACUAGAAUUUCAUAACUCUUUAGAGACAAGACCUUUUUAUUGUGAACAGCAUUAACUGUAGAAUCCAUUAAUUACAGAGCUGAUUAAUAAAAUGAUUGUUUAUGAUCCAAAAAAGAGAAUUACUUGGGAAUAAUUAUAAGUUCAUUCUAUUUUUGAUGAAUUGAGAAACAUUCCUCCUAUUGUACGGUUCACCGAGACUUAUAAAUACAUUUUUGCUUUAUAUAAUUUGGCUUCUAGGGUAUUAGGAUAAUUAGAAGAAAAUGAAAAAGAUAAUAUAAUGCUCCAAGAUUCUAAUUAUCCUGCUUGA